AUGAUGAAGAGGAAAAGCACAGAGGAAAUCUCGAGUCAUUUAGUGACACCGGAGGAACCAAGCACCAUAAAAGAUAAGACACGACCAGGCAAUGAGUCAACUGAACUGGAGAAAAUAGGAGGAGAAAGCAGUUCAACUGUUACGAAGGAUGAUGACUCAGUGACUAAGGAUCCAUUUUUAUCUUCUCUUAGGAGUACCACAGAAUUGGAGAACUCGAUAGUGAGUCUAGUACAAAGAUUGAAAGACUCUACAGAUAAAGAGAUUGUAGAAAAUGAAGAAAUUAUUGAGGUUUUAGAGAAAGCAUUAACAUCUAUUUCGCAUUGGACUCUGCAGUCGCAACUACUGCAACUACAACAGAAAAAUAGUGAUAGGAGCGCAGUGGAGGUCUCUUUAGCUAAAAAGGAGGUAGAAUUUCUAGCAAAGAGAAAAAAUUCACAAAGGUCUGAUGCCUCAGAAAAGGAAUCAGUGAAAAGGUUUAAGAUUAAACAAUAUUCCAAUGAUAAAUUUGUUAAUUCAAAAGAUGGAGGUGAAUCGCCACAGAAGAAAAGUAAAAUUGGCACAUCAGCUCAGAAGAAACCACAUCCUAAUACCCUCCCCAUGACAACAUCCGAACAACCAGAAACUCGUGAAAGUCCCCCAACAGCAGGCUCACUUAAACUGGUCGAAAAUAAUAAAGUGCAUCCAAGAAUGAGGAGGACAAGUGAUAACCCUUCUACAAAUGAAUAUAUACGGGUUUUCCAUCUACAGAAAAGCCUAGGAAAUGAAAAAUCGUGA